CAUUUUUACAAAGAAGUGAACGAAUAUUGCUCAAAUGAACGAAGUUCAUGAAGUGAACGAAUAUUGGUCAGCUUUAUACAUUUUGAGAGACACGGACUAUAAUCAAAGAGUCAAAUUGUGGUUACACGGGAGUAGUGAAAAGCGUCUGUGGCGUCCGCGGCGGGACAAAUCGUCGAAGCUUCUUUGGAUCCGGACUCUUUGGUGGAGUAAGAGAAUUCAUUCUCGAUUGCAUGUUGUUAUACGUUUUAGACGCGUGUAAAUUGGACGCUUUGCUGUGGGAUGUACGUAUGAAGUUAAACUAGAAUCCAAUUUGAUAUUGCUAUGCAGGCAAGAUUUUAUAAAUAAUUUCGAUGAUAUCAGAUUAUUUGUGGAGUUCAGUUAAAUCGCCCACUGUAAGUUUGUUGUCACAGUUUUCAUUUCAAAGGCCAAAUUAAGUGUGGAAAGAUUUGAAAUUGGAACCCCAGAGGGAUGUGUAAUGGUAAUAUUUGAGUGUUGACCUCACCUGUCAUUUAUAGGCACCUACAGGAUAACAAGUGAUAUUAAAGACCCUUUGCAAAGCAUAUUUGGUCAGUCAUGUUAAUUAGAAUGGUGUGUCUUGCGUAAACUUUGUCUUGAGAUUAUGCUGGGAACAUAGUUGUAAUAUAAUUGGAAAGUGCUUCUAUUUACAUUAUAUUUUGCAGUUCUAAAGCACAAAAAGAGACGCCACCAUGGAGUCAAAUGAUGAACAUGACUCUCCUGGUGCAGAUAAUG